AAAGAAGAGAAGGUCACAUGAUGGUCAACACUCGGUUUGAAUCAAAGCUCUCUCAAAAAAAUAUAGUGCGGUGAGAUUCGCAGCCAAGUAGAUUGAAAAUAUGAACUCCAAUACAAAUGAACGCGUAAGCAAGCAGAAUAAACUCAGAAACAUCAGAAGUUGUUUUCCAAUAGCCUACUCCCCACGUGACGCCACAGGCUGAUGUCUCAGGGGCAAUGUUUCACUUUCCCAGCUCACGGCAUUCGCUAAAGAUUGAUCGCCAAGGAGGCGUUUCAUUUCCAGCCAUCUCAUAAAGUAUGUUAAGUUGCCCCUUUUCCUUUCAUGCCCGCGUUGACCGGACGAACUGCCUUCAUUCCAAUUUUUCAUUAUUUGCGCAUUUAUUGCUUUCUCCAUAUAUUGUAUCUCAAGUCCAAGCAAACAUGUCGGGUAGAUAUCUUUCGGAAGAGGAGAUCGCGAUUUUGAAGCAUGAGUUUGACCAAUAUGAUGCCGAUCAAGGAGGCAACAUCACAGUCGAGGAGUUCGGUCGCGUGAUGAAAGCAUCAGGCCAAAAUCCAACUGCCGAAGAACUCGAACAGAUCAUCAGAGAAGUCGAUCUCGAUGGCGAUGGAACGAUUAAUUUCGAUGAAUUCAUCGCAAUGAUGACUGGUCGCUCUAGAGCUCCACCCAUUGAAGUGUCUGCUCCUGAAAAGGGAACCAGUGCUGCGAAAGAGGAGGACAGUGAAGCAGAGCUCAAAGCUGCCUGGGCACCGUUCGAUCCGUCGUUCAAGGGCUCGAUUACGGCUGCGCAGUUUCGUCAGCUGAUGGCGGGGUUGGGUGGGAAUGUGACGGAUGUUGAGGUGGAUGAGAUUAUGAAUUCUGUGGAUGGUGAGGAUAAGAUCAGCUAUCGGGAAUUUAUGGAGUUUGCGAAGAGGAGACAGGUGGAUGAUAUUGUGGAUGGGUAUUAAGGAUUAAC